AUGGAAGCCAAGAAAGACGAAGUGACUUGGCGGUCCCUGCCGCGAAAGGACCAGCUCGCCAUUUUAUGUUUCCUACGGUUUGCCGAGCCGGUAGUGAGCAUCUCACUGCUCUCUUUAGAUGCGACCCUAGACUCGGGAGCGAUCGUCCGACAAGUCGCUUACUUACAAACAAGUUUUAUGCUAUCACAAUGCUUUUCGUCAAUGUUCUUGGGGAAACUGGCCGAUUCUCCCAGAGGCGGUAGAAAGCUUGUUCUAAUGGGGGGAAUAGCUGGAUCAUAUUUCAAGCAGGCACUGGCGUUGCGGAUCCUCGAAGGUCUAGUCAACGGAAAUGUGGCGACAGUGAGGACGAUGGUCUCCGAGGUUGUCGUGGAGAAACGAUUUCAGCCUCAUGCUUUCUUGUUGCUUCCGAUCUCUUUCAACGUUGCUGCCAUGGCUAGUCCCCUCAUGGCCGGGCAGCUGGCUGACCUAGCGGGGAAAUACCCGGAUAAGUUUGGGAAUAAUGCAUUUCUGAAAGCGUGGCCGUAUGCACCACCAGCUAUCCUCAGCGGAUCUAUCAUGCUGUUGGCCUUCUUCGCGGUCUUGCUUUUCCUAGAAGAAACUCUAGAGCCCCUGAAAGAUAGAUACGAUCCUGGCGUCGCCUUCACCCGAAGAGUUCGAUACCUUUUGUUUGGAACCAAGAUCUCGACAGUAACCAGAGCAGGCCAUGAGGAUGCCACUGACGAAGAGAUGUCACAUAUGAUCACGGAAUACUCUGACCCAUCUGAAAGGGAUUCCGAAGAGCAAAGAUCACCAAUGAAGGCAGUCAAGACAACUCCCAUGAUCUUACCAACUAGGCGCAUGUUCACUAAAAAUAUGUGUCUCACGCUUGUUUCAUACGCCAUCCAAGAGUAUCACAUCACGACCUACAACACUCUGUGGACGAGUUUCCUCAGCGACCCGGUUGACAAAGAAGGCAAACUCAAGCUCCCUUUCUUCUUUUCUGGCGGAGCCGGGAUGAAGCCAGACCAAAUUAUGUGGUCUCUCUUCAUCGUCGGAAUGAUGGGAUUACCCACACAACUUUUUAUCUAUCCCCGCAUCAGCCGUCGUCUUGGGACUCUGAAGAUGUGGCGCAAGUUCAUGCUUGGGAUGCCGCUACUCUACUUCAUCGUGCCUUACAUCGCAGCUAUGCCCUCGACUACACCACCACCAGCUGGUAAAACUGGGUUCGUCGUUUGGUUCCUCAUCAUCCUGGUUCAAAUUAUGAUGGUGGGGACGUCCACAUUUGUCGUACCAGCGCAACUUGUUCUGACCAAUUUGUCUUCGCCGCAUCCGUCUGCUUUAGCACGAACGCAUAGCAGCGCAUUCUUGUUGUCUGGUUUGAUGAGGUCAGCGACUUCAUCCAUAGCGGGAAUCGUGUAUAGCUACGGGUCGUCCCAUAACAUCACAGGCUUGGUCUGGUGGAUUGCAAGUGGUGUUGCAGUCUUAGGGUGUCUGAAUAGCCGCAUCGUAAAUGAAGGAAACGGCCACGAAAUCUGGCUGACUGGUGACACUGAGUAG